GAGUCGAGUUGGGCGCUCGAUUUUACCCGAAGCGCCCGUACAGUUUAUUCCAAACUUCGCGCCAUUUUCCUUCAUCCGUUGGCACGCGACAUAUUGGAUUUCAGGAAGUGUCCAUUUCUGAUAUCCAACACGAAUAGAAACGUUACUCAGAAAUUCAAUCUCGUAGUGUUUGUCUUGUUAAGUAAUCAGCGAACCAAAGAUGUUUCUUUCACUGCCUGAACCAUCCGUAGCAAGUGAUCCAGCAGAGGAAUUGUAAAAGAAAACUGUCGACCUAAUAAGAGUGCUGGGUCCGUUGCUCGACGUCCACUACACCGUCUAUUGUACAGACCUCUUGAAUGCUUCCCGUUGCUACCAAUUCAUCGAUCUGCCGGAUACAGCCAACGCUGGAUAAUUGCCUAUUGCAAUUGGAGUGACCAACAAGGUAACCUGGGACAUUUCAACGCCUCGUUCCAGCAUUUUUUUUUUUUGCCGUUGCCGUGGCAACGGUUGAGUGAGAUACAAAAGGAGAUGAAUAUCCCCAUGGCGACGAGAGUUGGUACGAGCGACAGAACUCGAUGUAACGCCGUUUUGUCUGAAGACGUCGCAAGCCGUGACGUCUUCGAAUGGUGGCACUACUCCCGCGGGAUUAGCCGUACAAGAAUGGCAAAGCCAAGCCGCAGACGCCAUCAGCAAGAAGCUGAAACGAGAGCUGGAAGUUUAAACGCGAUCCCGCCGGCAAAGCCACGACAUGUUCUUCACGUCGUCCUUCUACUCUUGACGCUUGUGGCAUGUCGACCGUGUUACGGUCACGAUCCUGAGUUUUUUGACAUGGACAAUGAAGAUGGAACCCAAGACAGCGUUCAACCUCCAGGGCCUUUGGUGCACGUCGUCAGCGUCGUCAAGGGGAAAACGAGUUUACCUUGCGACAUUACAUCAGCCGACGAGGACGACCAGGCCAGUUUGGUUCUCUUUUACAAAGACGGCGCUAGUCAGUCUAUUUACACGUACGACGCUCGAGAUAAAUACGCCAGCCGGCCUCGGCAUUGGUCCGACGAAAACGUGCUGGGCAAACGAGCUUUUUUCAGCAAACUGCAAAGCAAUAGAUCGUCUUCCGGACGACUGAUGAUCGACAACGUCCGCGAAACGGACGCCGGACUCUACCGAUGCCGCGUGGAUUUCAAACGGUCGCCGACUCGCAACAGCCGCGUCAAUCUCACCGUCGUCGUGCCACCGAAGCAGAUGAAGAUCACAAACGAAAAGGGUGUGGAUGUUGGUGAUCUAAUCGGCCCAUUCGACGAAGGAGCGACGUUAAUCUUGGUCUGCAUUGUCACCGGAGGUAAUCCGAUGCCGGAGGUAACGUGGUGGCAAGAAGAGAGGAUGAUCGAUCGUCACGUCGAAGUGCGCCAAUAUUCGGAGAACGGCGUGGCCAGCAAUGUGCUUCAGCUUGAACGGCUAGGACGGUCUGAUUUGCGUACAAAGUUGUCGUGUCACGCGUCCAACAGUCUACUGGCGCAGCCUCCGCUGACCAGAUCCGUUGAAAUCGAACUAAAUCUUAAACCGCUGGACGUCCGUAUUUUGAGCAGUCGCCAACCGCUGUCAUCCGGCAAAAAGUACGAAUUGACCUGUCAGACGACUGGAUCGCGCCCGUCGCCCAAGGUGACGUGGUGGAAAGACGGCCAUCUGCUACGACACUCUCAAGAAACGCAAUAUGACGGCGGCAAUGUUACGCUAAGCCAAUUAGCAGUUCAACUGACCCCUGAGGAUGAUGGCAAAAAACUCGUUUGUCGGGCGGAAAAUCCCGUCCUGGGCGCGGCCUCGGCGAUUGAAGACACUUGGCUUUUCGACGUCUACUAUGUCCCUCGCGUUCGAUUGGAACUGGGACGGAACCUGGAAGGCGAUCACAUCCGCGAAGGGAUCGACGUCUACUUCGACUGUCACGUCACGGCCCGGCCAUCAGCAUUUCGUCUUGUUUGGCGACAUCAGUCAAAAGUUCUACAUCACAACGUCAGCGCGGGCGUAAUUAUCAGCGAAACAAGUCUGGUGUUGCAACGAGUUUCGAGGAGUGCCACCGGUCGUUACACGUGUCACGCAAGCAACGCUGAAGGCGAGGGAUCCAGCGCACCCUUCCACUUGAACGUUGCACACAAACCCGUGUGUCGGCCGGAGCAAAAGAAUUCCUACGGUGGUGCCAAAGGUCUGACAAGUGAAGUGGAAUGUCAUGUCGAUGCCAAACCGGCCACGACGGCAUUUCGUUGGGCCUUCAACGGCUCCGGUGAACUGUUGAACUUGACGUCAGCGCAGCACAGCAUUAGAGAAGGGUCCGUCUCCGUCUUGCGCUACACGCCACGCAAUCACCUGGAUUUCGGGACGCUCCUCUGCUGGGCCACCAAUCCACUGGGCGUCCAAUCGCAGCCGUGUGUUUAUCACUUUUACACAGCCGGUGUUCCCGAUCCGCCGAAGAAUUGCUCCAUCGCUAAUCAGACUUUGUCGUCGUUCGAGAUCGAUUGCAACGAGGGAUACGACGGUGGUAUACCGCAACAUUUCAAAAUGCACGUCUUCGACAUCAAAACGCGGGCGUUGCUGGCCAACUUGACGUCGUCAUCGCCCAGAUUCGCCCUCCACCUGGGUUCGGCCUCCUCGUCCAUACCCCAGUAUUCAAUGCUGGGCAAUGGCGGGACGGGCGAGACUCCAAAGACGCACAGCUGGAAGGCUUCUUCGAAUAAUACCAGUAACGUUAUCACGACCGAUUACGGGAUCCUUAACAACAAGACGGUGAGGCGCCAUAAUGGCACUGUCGGUGGAGUGGCCUUUAUUCCACCGGUGGGGACGCUCCUCGAGGUGACGGCCGUUAACGCGCACGGCGUUAGCGAAUCCGUGCUGAUUGAAGCGACCCAGCAAGCUGUGGUAGCCUUGCUUCCGGCCGGAAUGCAGUCUGGAAGUUUCUCCAAUUUGAGGAUCACGUCGACGCUGGGAAUUUCCAUCGGUGUCGUUGUGAUCGCAGUUUGCGCGAUUUUUAUCCUCGUAGUGGCACUGCGCUUACGUAAGCGUAAGAAAACGCCCGUCCGCCAUAAUCUUGCGGUCGUUACGGGCGACGAUAAAGAUCGGGACAUUCACAGCUAUAACGGCAAUGAUGAAUACCUCGAACUGGGCGCCAAAGAUCCCGAUAUCAUCAGCAAGGACGCUCAAGGAUUAACAAUCGUUUCUCGUCUAACGCACAAUCCGCUAGAAUUGAUGGUCAAUAGCCAGACGUCAUCCAUCUAGCGCUUUGUUGUACCAUACCAUUUGCGAUAGAACAGUCCAGGUUCUUCCGUCGUUUUGAUCAGCUCAGGAAAAAAGUGGUGCCGUGUUAAAACAUUUUUAUUGCGUUGCAAAUUGAUGUCUAUCGUGUAGCACAAUAUCACUGUGCUAGCGCAAAUGAUACGCUUCCGAGUGGAUGGGGGGGGGGGGGGGGGGACAAAACGAUGCAAGCGUGUCCAUUCCCACAUUGAUAGCGUAAUUGUUUGGCCCAUAUAUCCCAAGCCUUAACGCGGGCCGGAGAGCAAACACCUCAAUUGCUCGAUAUGCCCGAGGGUAUAGCGUCAAUGGUGUUGGCAACGUGUACGUUGAUCUCAUCGAGUUGAUCAAACAAAAAAAAAAAAAAAAUUCCAAUAAAUAAAUUCAAUAAAAGAUUCGACAAUGGGAUGGAAAAUUGAGACAAGGACACGACAUCGAAUGACCACCGUUGACAGUCUGAGAAGAAAGUAUGGCGAGCAUCUCAUCAACAUUUACAGAUUAAAACGAGAGCAUUGUACAGGAUUGAUUUUGUUGGUUUUGUUUAUUAUCAAAAAGCAGGCUAUCCUAUUUUAAAGGCUUGAAAGCCUCAUUUAGCCAAUUUUCAAUAAAUGAAAUGUCGAAACGAAUCGAUACAGGCCACAAUAAAACAGUCGGAUAAGUUUAAAUAAA